UAAGGUAAUAUAAAACUUUUACUAAGCUGAUCUUACGCUACUGGUGAGUCGUGACCUUUGUGUAUGUGUGUGUGAGAUUGAGAGAGUUGAAGAUAUCUGGAUUUUGAGGCAUGGCUUCCAAGCUGUUACUCCUCGUGGUGUUCGUGUUCGAUUUGAUAGCUUUUGCUCUUGCUGUUGCUGCUGAACAGAGAAGGGCCAAAGCCCAUAUAGCACAAGAUGCAACUCAAAGCUAUUGUGUUUAUGAUUCUGACAUCGCAACCGGCUUCGGUGUGGGCUCAUUCUUGCUCCUAAUGGCUAGUCAAGUCCUGAUAAUGGUGGCAAGUCGUUGCCUGUGCUGUGGAAGAGCUUUGAGACCAAGAGGUUCAAGGGCAUGGUCAAUUUGCUUAUUUAUCACCUGCUGGGUCACAUUUUUUAUUGCUGAGGUGUGUUUGCUAGCCGGUUCAGUGAGGAAUGCCUACCACACCAAAUACAGGACUUACAUGAUACAAACUCCCCCUUCAUGCGAGAUAUUAAGAAAGGGGGUCUUUGGGGCUGGGGCUGCAUUCGUGAUCUUUACAGGAAUAGUCUCCGAGCUUUAUUAUGUUGCCUAUUCCAAGUCUAACGAAGAUCAACUUCCCUAUGCCAGAGACACUGGAGUGAGGAUGGGGAACCUAUAGUUAAUCUUUUCUAGACUGAAACUUCAGAAAUUCCAGUAUGUAUUGAUUCAGUAAAUUGCUUCGCAUAUCAUGAAUGUGUAAACUUAGAAUAUUAGGCUUUCAGCACGUGGCUAGGUAUGGACAUCUACGUAUGAUUUGAAGUUUGGGUGAGGAUUUUAGUUUGUAGAUCUAUUUUUUGUUUGAUACAUAAUGGCCUGUUAAUGAUCAAAAUAUUGUGCUUGUUUA